GCAACAGUGACGUCACAUGCCAUUCGUUUACUGGUCUCACGGGCAGCGCAGAGGGAAAAGCAGCAAUACUCUCCCUGGAUGAGCUGCUUCUGAAAUUCGACGAAAACCACACUGUGGCCAAGGAUGCAAUUAUCAAUCUCACGGCAGAGGAGUGCGCCAUCAAAGUGUUUAAUUUGGCCAAACGAACGGAGCCUCCCUUGGAGCAUGGUGCUCAACAAUCUGACACGCGUAGAGAGAUUCGUCCACGAAAUAUUCGACAUUCUGGAGCGAGGCGAGCAGACGCUGCCACGGCUGGCCAGGGCCUUUUCCCCACUGGACUUUAACAAGAUGAAGGCGCGUCUCCACUACCUGGCACCCAUCUUUUGCAACCUGACGCAGGUGCCGAGCGGCCGGGAGCUGUGCUGCCAUGCGCGUUACCAUCUGUUGGAGAAGCUGCUGCCCUUCGCCUCGUACGUGGAGAAUGUGGUGCGUCGCGGCGGCACCAUUGGCAUCCAGAAGAACGUUUGCUUCGAUUCGGUCUACCACAACGGGAUACUCGGCGAAGAUGACAACACAUUGGUGGCCAUUCUGCAGCCACUCUGCGGCCCGGAAGAGUUUAGCGAAGAGGACAGCGAAAUGCUGCCAAUUGAGUUUCAGAUGAGUCUACCCAGUUGCACAGCUAAGAAACGUCUCUCCCUGGUUCUUCCAGUAACUGCUCGAAAGCAAAAGAGCUGAAACAGAUCCAGAUGUGAGGAAAAUGCUUCUGGAAUGCCUAUUCCAGUUGUGCUCCACGCGGCGCGGUCGUGAAAUUCUGCGUGCAAAUGUCGUGGACAUUUUGAUCAAGCUUGUGUCUUUUGUAACGCUUUCUGUUUUAUUACAAAAAAGAGGAAGAAAUUGGUCUUGAUAACUACAAAAGCGUUGAGGUGCCCAGCCACCAAUCAUGCCGAGAAGUUUUUUCAGGAAGAUGCCGACUAUAUUGAGAGUCUUUUAGAUUAAAACGCGUAGAGUAAGUUCAAGUCAUAGACGGUAUUGAAUCUUCAAUUUAUAUAUGCGGUUUUUAUUCAGAAAUGCUGAUAGUUCAUUCAUUUUUUUUUUUAAUGUUACCUUUGCGCCAAAAUGUUGUACGCGCGCACUUAAAUGCUAGAGAAACAAUUUCGAUUUCAAUUCAAUAUCUUUUUUAUUAGUUCAAGUAGCGCGGUAUCUAUUUAUUUGAUCUAAUUAUGCUCUAUCCUUUUGAAUUGUAUAUGUGUACAGUUCUCUUAAGUGCUAGAUACGUUCUGUACAUGCGUUCAAAAAUGUCAUGAAAUUUCAUUAUUUGAUCAAUCAUUUGCUUGGUCGUCGCCAUAUUUCAAGUUCUGCCGCUAUAGCAUCUUUAUGUUUUAUGUUUUGGCCUACGAACAGCCCACGAAACCUAUAUAACCUGAUGACGACAAAGACGAGUUCUUAUCAGUGAUACGGAGGAGUCGCAACCAAACCGCAAGGCAAUGAUGAGCAGGAAAGCAAUGAAGAGCAGUUUAAAACCGUUUAGAAAACGCAGCUCUGUAAUAUAACUACAAAGCAACGAAAAAAGAGUCCAGUCGUCUUUUGGAUGAGGGUCAGCUGAGAAAGCAGGUCAGACAGCAGCGUACAAAAGACAUUCGUAAAUCACAGGAGCGCGAUACGGCGGCCAAGCCGCGUAGGCUCGGUUUGUUUCGUUCUGAAAAGAAAUAAAUACGAUUUCUGGCUGAAUCAUGACAUGAGAGGAUACUCUCAGCGCGUGUACUUUGACCAUCAUCUUCUUCACCACCGCUUUUCGUCAUUUUGAGGUAAAUCCAUUUAAGUUUUUAACUUGUGUUUUAUGUACUUGUGCGCAAAUUGAUGCCCGCACGCAAUAGAGACUUUGCCGCCCACUCACCCUACCCUCAAUAUUAUAGCAGGGUCCAGCCAUCAUUUUAUUGCACUUGCAAACUUAAUUAGGCCAAAAUGCGGUGUGAACGCCUAUUUCUGUAGAAGAGAGAAUUUUCGUUUGGGCAGCUGUGCGAGAUUUUUAUUACAUGCAUCAAAUGUAAUUUGUUACAAAUUUGAUGUGUUUCUAUUUUCUUGAAAACGGCAUAAAUAAAAGAAAAGUUGUAUGAUAGGGGAUGGUAGGUGAACCUGCUUUUUCUGACGGUCUGCCAACUGUUUUCUUUUUUCUUCAUGGGGUCCAUCAUCGAAAUGCGUGGCAGGUUUUAUGACCAGGUAACCUCUAAAUUGAGCUGAGAGGGUGCGCAAUUACUGUAAGCUUUCCUUUAGAUUAUCGACUAAACGAAGUUCUUAGUUUAAAAUAUAUAUUUUGUUAACUUUCAUUUUUUGCAAUUCAGUUUAAGAACUCGUCAAAUUUUGUUAUCCCCCUGCUUGGAAAAACAUAUGAUACAUACCAGUUCCUUUUCAAAUUCACAUAGUGCCAAGGUUCAGUGUGCUUAAUUGCCCGAAGGAAAGUAGUUUAGUUUUGCAAACCAUUUGCUGGGUCUCCAGAUUAAAAUAUAUUAUUGAAAUUAAAUUUCCUUUCUACUCUUAUGCAUAUGUACAUAUUAAAGAUUUUAUUGUCGCGGUAAAUCUAGUUGAGAGUCAAGCAGAAUUCAAUAUUCGAACUUAAUAUCCAUUCGAAGCAUUAUACAUUUUUAGCAUAAUAAGUACAUCGAAAAUAAAGUUUUU